AGCAGCAGGGGGCGACACAGCUGACGCUGACGUCAUUCACCCGCCAGAAAAGAAAAAAAGACCGGAAGAGGACGAAGAGCGGCAGCAGUUUUUCGCGCCUUUUUGUACAAUUGGCUGUGCGAGUCCAGCUACUGCUGCACUUUGUCAACGUCAACAUGUCGCCGGUGACUGCAGAAGACCUCAAAACAGAACUUGAAAUGUUCUGCAUAACUUGUGAAGAUGAUUCCAACUUGGACAAAAUGGUGGCGCAGUGUGUGUGCAACAGGAUGCCAGCAGACCAGUGGGUGUUGGAGUGGGUUGCCUACAGCACCACCAAGAAUGGGCUGGUGCUCUCCGUGGACUCCCUGGAUCAAUUUGAACACGAUGUGUUAAACAAGAGGACUGCAUCCAAGCAGAGCUUCAAGAGGGAAGAGCCAAACAGACCCCGAGACAUCCACACAAUACAUGACAUAAUAAAAGCAGAAGAAGAGGAGGAUGAUCUACUUGACUGCUACUCUACUCCUGCAAAGGGCUCCCAAAAACGUGCACUAACCACUCCAGAAAAUCCUCACUCAAAGAGGAGCUCAGCUUUGUUGAGCAGUCCAGGCGUCCUCUUGUCUCCUUCUUGCUUCUCUCCAAGCAGCACUCCCUCCCAGAAGUACAGCCAGCGUGGAGGCAAGGGAGAGGUGGUGGUGUCCUUCGGGGCGGUGCAGGGCACUCGCUGGGCAGGCAGGAAGUCUGCUGGUGCUAACAUUCAGCUGCAUGUGCUGGAAGGACCAGAAGACUCCCUGCACUGCAGCUACAAGUACAUGUUCCAGAGACUGCGUGAUGUACGCAACGUGUUGACGGAGAAGAUAGAGGAGCUGGGAGAAGAACUGCGAUCUCACUUCAGCAUUGAAGAGUUCUCUCCUGUGUCACUGCCAGCACAGGACUCUGUGUGUGUUGUGGGCCAGGUGUGCUGUGACAGUAAUGGGAGACUGAAUGCUCAGUCGGUUGUGUUGGAAGCGGGACCAGAGCAAGGUGCUCAGCAAGUACGCCUGGACUUGUCAGAGCUCCAAGAGUACUCCCUGUUUCCUGGCCAAGUGGUGGCGAUGGAGGGAUUGAACACAACAGGAGAAAAACUGGUCGUUUCUAAAAUCUAUGAGGGAAUCCCACCUCCCUUCUUCACGUCAGACGUCAAAGAAGAGACGGACGAAGCAGAGGCGCUCAAUGUGCUGGUGGCCUGUGGACCUUACAGUCCUUCUGACAGCCUGACCUUUGACCCUCUGCUGGACCUCAUCCAUGUCAUUGCCAGGGAUCGUCCUGACGUCUGCAUCCUGCUGGGUCCUUUUGUUGACUCCAAACACCAGCAAGUUGAGAAGUCCCAGGUGACAGAGACCUAUGACGCCAUCUUCUCAAGAUGCAUCGAGAGCAUCGUGGAAGGCACAAAAGCGGUUGGCUGUGGCCUGGUCUUUGUUCCUUCCCAGAGAGACGUCCACCAUCACUACAUCUACCCACAGCCUCCCUUCACCCUCGCCAGCCUCAGCAAGAACCCAGUAAGACACACUUCUGUGGAAGAACUCUCAGCUUAUGACCUUAACAUGCUUGAACCCACACAGCGCGUGACCUUGGUGCCAGACCCCUGCACCUUACUCAUUGACAACGUGACCUUUGGUGUGACCUCCACUGACAUCCUGUUCCACAUGGGGUCUGAGGAGAUCAGCUGCGGCACUGGACCGGACCGCUUUUCUCGCAUUGUGAAGCACAUGCUGACCCAGAGGAGUUACUACCCACUCCACCCACCUGCUGACGAGCUGAACAUGGACUAUGAGAAGUUCCACAGCUUCGGUCGAAUGCCGCUCACACCUGAUGUCCUCGUUAUUCCCUCUGAGAUGCGCUACUUUGUUAAGGACGUGAUUGGCUGCGUGUGCAUCAAUCCUGGACGCCUGACCAAAGGUCAAGUGGGCGGGACUUAUGGCAGGCUGAUGGUCAAGCGCACCUCAGCCUCGGCAGACAAGAAGAGAGUCAGUCCAUGUUUGGCAGCUCAGGUGGUGAAGGUUUGAACAGACAAAGGACACUUUGCAAACUGAUAUGAAGUAUGCUGCAAUAACUUUGUUGAUUUUCCUACCAAAUACAUGAGCUGCUGUGACUGUAGAAUGUUCUUACACAGCAGCAAUAAAUCUACAAUCUUG